UAUCGUUCGCACGUUAUCCACGGUACGGGACGAUAGAUAUAAACACGAGAGGAUAGACAUGAGCAUAAGUAGAAGUAGAAGCAGCAGCAGCAGCAGCAGAAGCAGAAGCAGCAGCGGUAGAAUAAGCGUUCGACUAGUUUCCUCCGCGCGCUCCUCCUCGGCUCUUUGAAAACAAAAAAAAACCGACAGAACGAAGAAAGAUAAAUAAAUAAAUAAAUAAAGACUGUCGUCGUUACAGCUCUCGACGGGGAAUAUUUUUUUGUUCCCCCCCCCCGCCCCUUAACACACAGAUACACACAGAGAAUUUCGAAGUGUCCGACGAUAAUAUAAACCCCCCUCCCGUCAUUACGUUUCGGGGAUUUAUUUUCGGAGCGAUAAACUGGAUGUUUAAAGAAAAAGAUAUUAAUUUUACACCACGUGAAAGUGACUGAAUAUCCCGCCAUCGUCAUCGACAACUGACGGACCGUUUUACGUCGUUCUUUUUUUUUUUUUCCGGAGUAUCCUGUGUGCGGUGUGUCGAUCGUCGUUUGUCCAGUUUUAACCUCGGCCAACCGCGCCACGCUUCGUCAUUCCUUCGUCGUCUUCUACGCUUGUUGUUUCCUUUUCAUUUUAUACAUACAUCCAAUUCUUAUUAUUUGUUUUAAUUAACCUCUUCCGUGCGUUUUUUUUUGUUUUUCUUCCUCGUUUGUUUCUAUUAUUUUCUUUCUUUCACCAAAACUCGACGAGAUCCCCGCGGCCUUCUUCCCGUCACGGCUGCCGGGAAAAAAAUUACGGUGCGUUUAUACUUAUUUGUGCAUCGUUUAAUAACGAACAUCGACCGAGGAGAGAAGGUUACGUUCGUUGGCUGUUACGGCAUCAUUUAUCGUUCCGGCUAAUAAACGGAGAAGGUGGAUGAGGAGGAGAGAACGUUAUACAAGAAAACGCAGUUCGAAGAAACGUCGCGAAGCCAUCGUUCGUUCUGCCACUUUCGUUGACAAAAUCGCCGGCCGGGAGGAUUAAACCUGAGUUUGUGUGCGAGAGACUCUCGUUGUUCGUUCAUUCUGUGUAAUCGAUUUUUAUUUCGGACUCCGAGUGAGAACGUUGAACGAAAUUCGUUCUUUCUUUCUUUCUUUCCUAACCUGUGACGAGGAAAGUUAAAUAUUGUUGUUGUUGUUGUUGUGUGCCUAAGAUAAUACAAAAAAAAAAAAAAAAAAACAAAAAAGAAAAAAAGGUGCGCGAAACCGACGAAAAAUUGGAGAAAAGAUUUUUUGUUUCUCUUAAUAACGACCGGAAGCUUAAUUAUUCACGACGAAAUAAAGAUAAAUAAUUUUUAAAGAAAAAACAAAUACGAAAAAAAAAAAAAAACUACCGCUACUACUACGAAUCAAAGAGGAGGGAUAUUAGAAAUUUUGUGAGAAGGAGUUGUUGUUAUUAUUAUCAUCAUCAUCAUCAUCAUCAUUAUUAUUAUUGUUGUUGUUGUUUGUUGUUGUUCUUGUUGUUAAAUCCUUUCACCAGUGUGUGUUUUUUCGUGAGUUAUUUAAAAUCCAGUGUGUAAACAGUUUGUUGGUUCCCCCUCCGAGUGGCUCGAGGAGAGAAUAAAAUUCCAAAUAUAAUAAUAAUAAUAAUAUCAAUAAUACUAAUAUUAAUAUUAUUGAAUUUUAAAAGGGAGACAAAAUAAACUGCAUUGUCUUGCAAAAGUGUCCUACAAUAUUACAUUACGAAUAUAUAUAUAAAUUUGGCUAUAAACGGCUGGCUUGCAGCUCUGUAUCGUCUCUACGAAAUAUCCACUGGGUUUUGUGCGAUUCUGUUGUCCCUUUGUUCUCUGGCUACGGAUUAUCCUCGUAUAUACGGGAUGCCGGUUGACUGAAGAUGGCCUCACCGACACCAUCGUUGGAAUCACGUGCAAACUCCCUUGGAUCGUUAUCCUCGCUGUCCCCGUUGACGGUGAGUGGAAGCUCUCCACCGGCAAGUGACUCCGCGAUCUGUGACGUCGACAGCUGCGAUCAUUGUCUCGACGCUAAACCCGGCGACGCACCUUGCCCAAACUGCCGUCUUGGCGGUGUACGCUGCACCGGUUGUAAAUCAACUGAAUCCGACGCUGUUGCGCGGUGUUUCGAUUGUGCAAACUUCCUCUGUCCAAACUGCGUGAUGGCGCAUCAAUUCAUGCACUGUUUCGAGGGACACCGGGUCCUCAAUCUGGGCGACUCGAAGAUCGACGAGCCGAAGCACAACCUCGUGGUGAACGGCGGAAACGGGGAGAAGACGCUCCUAUGUCCAAGACACAAAAACGAACUUCUGAAGUACUACUGCAAGUCCUGCGGCGUUCCCGUAUGCAAGGAAUGCACGGUAUCGGAUCAUCUCGCACCCCUUCACGACUGCGCGCACAUCUCGGAGGCCGGGCCUCAACAGUUGGAAGCGGUAGCACGAGCCGUUCAAGAAGGGAGAGCGAGGGCCUCGGACAUCAGGACGGCGGUGAAAGCCGCGGAUCACGGAGCCGCCAGACUUCAAGUACAGUACCACAAGGCUCAGAACGAGAUAAACGACACCUUCCAAUUUUAUCGGUCGAUGCUCGAGGAGCGCAAACAGGAACUGCUCAAGGAGCUGGAGUCGGUAUUUUCGGCGAAGCACAUAUCACUCGGUGUCGUUACACAAAAGGCGAACGAUACCGCGGACAAGAUACAGCAGACCUGCGACUUCGUGGAGCGACUGACCAAGUACACGACGGUCACGGAAGUGCUGAUGGUCAAGAAGCUCCUCGACACGAAACUUCAGGCUUUGAUAAACUCCACCCCAGACGUGACGAACCACUCGGCGGAUCUGGAGUUCGUCAGCAACUAUCAGGCCAUACAAGUCGGCGUCAGGAACACCUUCGGCUACGUCAGGAGCAGCAGCGAGAGCAACGCCGGACCCAGCAAGCAACCGCCGAUCGCCAGACCCACGGCCCUGUCGAGCGGAAGCAGCAACGGCAGCAGCGGACCCGGAAGCGCGGGAUCCUUGGGAGGACUCCUGCUGGACAGACCGUACAGCAACGGACUCGUCUCGACGAGCACGACGUGCGCCGUCUCGACGUCGCCCUCCCCCUUCGAGAGCAACGUCAUAUCGAAGAGGUUCAGCACGGCAAACAGCCUCGGUCCGUUCUCGACCACCAUAAGCGACUUGAACCUUAACGGCAUGAAUCCAUACGAGAAGUGGAGCAACGGCGGAUGCGACGCGUAUCCGGUUCCGGCGAACGAACACUUUCCGCUUCCUCAAGCACCCGCCGAUUCGGUGCUCGAUCUUACGUCGAAGCUCAUGUCGGCAGCGAUAUUUCCACCCAAGUCCCAGAUCAAACGGCAGAAGAUGAUCUAUCACUGUAAAUUCGGCGAGUUCGGGGUUAUGGAGGGACAGUUUACCGAGCCGUCGGGGGUCGCGGUCAACGCCCAGAACGACAUCAUCGUCGCCGAUACGAACAAUCACCGCAUACAGAUAUUCGACAAGGAGGGACGUUUCAAGUUCCAGUUCGGGGAGUGCGGAAAACGGGACGGUCAGCUCCUUUAUCCCAACAGAGUCGCGGUCGUUCGCACUUCCGGGGAUAUAAUAGUGACCGAGAGGUCGCCGACCCAUCAGAUACAGAUAUACAAUCAGUACGGUCAGUUCGUGAGGAAGUUCGGGGCUAACAUACUUCAGCAUCCCCGAGGCGUGACCGUCGACUCCAAGGGGAGGAUCGUCGUAGUCGAGUGCAAGGUCAUGAGAGUGAUAAUAUUCGAUCAGGCCGGGAACGUUCUUCAGAAGUUUGGCUGCUCGAAGCACCUCGAGUUUCCAAACGGGGUCGUGGUCAACGACAAGCAGGAGAUAUUCAUCAGCGACAAUCGGGCCCAUUGCGUAAAGGUAUUCAACUACGAGGGUGCCUAUCUCAGGCAGAUCGGCGGCGAGGGAAUAACGAAUUAUCCAAUCGGCGUCGGGAUCAAUGCCGCCGGUGAAAUACUCAUCGCUGACAAUCACAACAACUUUAAUCUCACCAUAUUCACUCAGGACGGACAACUCGUCUCGGCUCUCGAGAGCAAGGUCAAGCACGCACAGUGCUUCGACGUCGCAUUGAUGGACGACGGUUCCGUGGUACUUGCUAGCAAGGAUUAUCGACUUUACAUUUAUCGUUACGUUCAGGUACCGCCUAUCGGAAUGUAGAGGAAGAGUCCUUUUUUUUAUUAUCGGUAACUGCAGAGCGAAUCGCUAACUCGCCUCUGGCCUUCUCUAUUUUUUUUUUUUUAUUAUUCCAUCGCUCGGGCAAAGUAACAGAAAACGAAACAAAUGAAACACACAAAUUCACACACACACUAUAUUUGUCCCUAUUUUAUUACUACUACUACUACUACUACUACUACUUCUUAUUACUAUUAGUACUAUUAUUACUACACUACUACUAUACGUAAUUUAAAUCGGUGUGUGCGUACGUGUCCAGAUGCCGUGUCUGUAUAACGGUGAGGAAAAAGAAAAACCAUGGAGAAAAAAAAAAAAAAUACGUACCGUUCGGAGGUGUUUGUUUGUUUGUUCAUUUCAAUGCUAGGAUUAUUGGGUCAUUCAGAUUGAUGAUUCCAUAAGUUAAUAUUAUCAUGACACGGCAUGUAUAUACAUAUAUACGCAUAUAUGCAUCGCCAAGGCACUAAAAUUAAAAUUCCAAAAACAGACAGACACAGAGGACACACACACACGCGCGUGUACCAGCCACCCCCUUAAUAACGUGCAUCCACAAAAGCGUGAAGAAAGAGAAGAAAAAACACACACACACACACACACACACAAAAAUGAAAGAAAGCACGAAGACAAAAAAAAAAAAAAAAGUGAAAUGAAAAACUUACUUGUUAAUGUUGUUAUAACUGAUAAUACUGUUGUUGUUGUUUAGUUGUAGAGCUCGCCGCCGCUAGUCACUUGUUCUCCCUUUUGCUCCCAUCUCAUCUUCCACUCGAACAAAAAACAAAUGGAUUACACGAAGUAGCAAGGAAAAAAAAAAAAAGAAAAGAAAUCGAAGCAAAAAUAAUUAACGA